AUGAAUUUAUUGGUCAAGAUAUUGUUUAUUUGUUUUCUUCAUAAUGAAAUCAAUGGAACUCCAAUAUCAAGGACGGACCAGCUAACACAAAAUCGAACAAAACCAUAUGAAAAUCCGAAAUUAUUUGAAGGUGACAUGUUGUUUCCUAGUGGGUCGGGAUUAGAAGGUCGUGGAGUUGCACUUCGUGGAGCUUCUGUACCAUGGACAAAUGGAAUUGUACCCUAUACAAUUUCGCCUGGAUAUGCAUCAACAGAAGAAUCAUUUAUUAUCGCAACAAUGCAAAAAAUGGAACGAUUGAUAGCAGUCAAUAAUUAUAAAUGUAUUCAAUUUCGACCAAAAACUGCUUCUGAUAUAUAUUAUAUAACUAUUGUCAAUGGAAUUGGAUGUUCGUCUUAUGUUGGACAAAAUACGGGUGUUAACAUGAUACGUACUGUUACACUACAACAUCCUGGAUGUAUUGAUGAAGGAAGAGUUAUGCACGAGCUAUUACAUACUUUGGGUUUUUAUCAUGAACAAUCACGACCAGAUCGUGAUAAUUAUGUCAGCAUAAAUUAUGCAAAUAUUCAAUCCGGCAUGGAAUCCAAUUUUGAUAAAUACUCGAAUGCAGUUGUAGAUACUCAAAAUACUCCCUAUGAUUAUAAAUCUGUAAUGCAUUAUGAAACAGAUGCAUUCUCUAAAAAUGGUCUUCCUACAAUACAAACACUUGUAGCAAACAUAUCAAUUGGACAACGAGAUAAUAUGAGUACCAUUGAUAUCGAAGAGGUACGAUUAUUCUACAAUUGUUCGGCACGUGGUGUUACACUGCCACCAAUUCCAACAACAACAACAGCUAAUUUAUACGUGAGAAACACAACAGUUUCGUCGUCAUUAACAAGAAAUAAUCCAACAUUUACACGUUUUAAUGGUUCAGGAUCGAACUAUUAUUAUGAUCAAUAUUCAAUCAAUGUUCCUGCCACUGGUUCACCAGGCUAUUUAUAUUAUUUUCUAAUCUCUUAUGACGAUAAUAGUGCUGGUAAUAAUCAAUUUAAAAUUCAAAUGAAUCUUCAAGCAUUAACACAAUAUUAUAUUAUUGUGUCAACAUAUAAUUCAAAUGAGAUUGGAAAUUAUACGUUAAUAGCAUCUGGAUUAAAUAGUGUUAAUAUUCAACAAAUUUUCCCUGCAACCACUGUAACAACAACAUCAACGUCAACAACAACAUCAACAACAACAUCGACAACAACGAAAUCAACAUCAUCCACGUCAACAUCAUCAACGUCAACAUCAACAACAACAACACCGACAACAACGAGAUCGACAUCAACAUCAACAUCAACAUCAUCAACGUCAACAACAACAUCAACAACAACAUCGACAACAACGAAAUCAACAUCAACAUCAACAUCAUCCGCGUCAACAUCAUCAACGUCAACAACAACAACAACAUCAACAUCGACAACAACGAAAUCAACAUCAACAUCAUCCACGUCAACAUCAUCCACGUCAACAUCAUCCACGUCAACAUCAUCCACGUCAACAUCAACAACAACAUCAACAUCGACAACAACGAAAUCAACAUCGACAUCAUCCACGUCAACAUCAACAACAACAUCGACAUCGACAACAACGAAAUCAACAUCAACAUCAUCGACCGCGUCAACAUCAUCAACGUCAACAACAACAUCAACAUCGACAACAACGAAAUCGACAUCAACAUCAACAUCAACAUCAUCGACCGCGUCAACAUCAUCAACGUCAACAACAACAUCAACAUCGACAACAACGAAAUCGACAUCAACAUCAACAUCAACAUCAUCGACCGCGUCAACAUCAUCAACGUCAACAACAACAUCAACAUCGACAACAACGAAAUCAACAUCAACAUCAACAUCAACAUCAACGUCAACAACAUCGACAACAACGAAAUCAACGUCAACAUCAACAUUAUCAACGUCGACAACGUCAACAACAACAAUAACAUCAACAACAACGACGGCGACAAGAGCAACAAUGACAACAACAAAUGCAACGACAGCGACAACGACACCUCCUCCAUGUUUUGCGGCUGACAGUUGGAUCGAAUUAUACGAUGGACAAAAAAAGAGAAUCGAUGAAUUACAUAGCUAUGAUGCUCUCAUUACUUCUGAUGGGAUAAAUCUAAUCAAAACGGAAGUGAUUAUGAUGCUUGAUAAAAAUAACUAUACUAAAACGAUGUUCUACACUCUGCACACAGAAUCAAAUCACUCGAUUAGUUUGACUGCUUUACACCUAAUUGCAGUUGUUUCUAUAAAAGGUAUUUUCGAAUACAUUCCAGCUAAAAAGGUAAUUGUUGGGGAUUAUCUUUUCGUGGUGUCUUCUGACAAAAAGCUAACUCAAUCAAAAAUCAUUCGAAUUGAAAUCGAACACAAAAUAGGUUUUUAUGGACCAUUAACUACAUCCGGUACAAUAAUGCCCAAUAACGUAUUAGCAAGUUGCUUUGCGAAUAUUUAUAAUCAUCAAUUAGGACAAUUCGCAAUGACACCGAUACGUUUCUAUCAUCAAUUAUCGAAAUACUUGCCAAUGCUAAACGAAUUAGAUCAGGACAGAAAUGAAAAUAUUCAUUGGAUACCUGAAAUGAUGUUUGAUUUGACAAAGCAAUAUUUUCCAUCAUUAUUACAAUUAUCUUAA